AUGCUGGGUGUGGAAAUGUACCCUAGUUUGGCCCUGGGACCUCAAAGACUGGGCGAAUGCUUUUACAGAGAUUGUGAACCCCUAGCACAUGUGCCUUUGUACCCUACUACAUGUGAUAUGGCAGCUCGUGCGCUUCCCGGUCGACUGUUGCAGCCGCCUCCUGCCACUGCAGAGACUUCUGUCAGUCCUCAGGAUAAUGUCAAAAUGGAGCUUGAGAAUGCAUCAUUGUGGAAACAGUUCAGCACAGUUGGCACAGAGAUGAUAGUCACUAAGAAGGGCAGGAGAAUGUUUCCACAACUGCACUUGAAGUUGUCAGGGUUAAAUCCAUCCCUGCGUUACAUUCUCCUUUUAGACAUUGUACCUGUUGAUUCCUCUCGCUAUCGUUUCCAAGACAACAGCUGGCAGGUGGUAGGCGGGGCAGAGGCUCGACUGCCAGACCGUGUCUUCAUCCACCCCGACUCACCUGCGACUGGAGAACACUGGCAGAACCGCACCAUAUCCUUCCACAGAGCCAAACUCACCAACAACACUCUGGACACACAAGGAUAUAUCAUCCUCCACUCCCUGCAUCGAUAUCAGCCACGUGUCCAUGUGAUUGAGGCCCGAGAUGUGCUGAUUUGGGGAAAAACCCAGCACUCCUUCACCUUCCCUGAAACACAGUUUAUUACAGUCACUGCAUAUCAAAACAAUAAGAUCACUGAACUGAAGAUCAACUCCAAUCCAUUUGCAAAAGGCUUUAGGGAGAAUGGCAUGAACUGCAAGAAACAAAGGGAGUCAAGGCUGAAAAGGAAAAUAACAUCCAAUCAAGAGGAUUCCUUGGAUAUUGAGACAUGUGACCCAUGUGAUUCCACUGAGCUCCUCCCACUUACAGACUCUGGCUUUCAUACAGAAGAAUCAUCUUUCCCAGAACAGACAGUCUCUGACCAACCGCUUGUCCUUGGUCAGUCGUUCUCUGAGAUGUCUGACAUUCCCACCUCAAUGGGGAGUCAACCUCAAACAACCUCUGAAAAUAAUGUACAAAACAAGCUGAUGAAUGGGUCUGACCAAAUGAUGGGCCUUUCUGGAUACACGUCCACUUUUCCAACCCCUCAGCUCAGCUCCUCAGCCCACUCGUCAGUACCUUUGCCUCAGUCGUCUUCCAUCUAUUCCACAGUGUCCUCCACACAGAACUCUGACCUUACUCAGCCCUCCAUAAUUUCCUCUCCACCCUCUUUGCCAGCAUAUUCCUCUAUUCCUUCAUCAGACUAUCCUCUAAAUUCCUCCACAACUAUGUCCUCCACUAUGACCUCUCCCCUUGGGUCUACGUACCCUCCUAUUACUCAUUCCACCCGUCCACACCUUCUCCCCUCUUCAUCUUAUCAGGAAAACCUGAGUCCUCAUACACCUUUGAAUCCACCAUUCCAAUCAAUUCAUCCCUCCUCUUGUCAAGAGUUAACAAUCGACCCUGGUCAAAAUCAGGUGGAUGAUGGUGGAUUAAACUCCUCCAAUGCAGCAACUCCCGCUGUCCAAGACCUGACCCAAACAGCCUUUCCAUUCCCCCCAGUGCAGUCUUCGAGCAAUCCUGACCCGACAACUCCUUCAUACCAAAAUGUACCCCAAUCUGCCCCACUGUACCACGAUGUGACACAGUGCCACCCUAACCCUAUUUCCACCCUGUCUGACCCAAACACAACUCCAAAUGCAUUCCCCUUCCCUCCUGCAGCACAGUCCACCCCAAACGACAUGAUCACUCCAUCCAAUCCAAACCCAACUGUCUUCCCCUUUCCCCCCAUUCAACAGAACCCUAUCCUUCAAUCAAGCCUCCAUGGACCUACUCAAAUUCCAGCAGCUGGUUCUUUUCCAGUUUCCCAACCAUCAUCCACCUCAUGUCUGAGCACUACCACUACAAUAUCAAAUCCAACAAGUGGAUCCUUCUUCCCUUCCACCAAUGUUGUCCAUCAAGGCCCACUGCAAUCCAACACACUGCACCCCAUCACAGCAUACCCAGUUCCCUCAUUCCCUGUAUCUUUACCUAGACACAACACGUCUGGCUCUUUCUCUAACCCUACUUCAACGGCUCACACCUCUUACUCCUUCCCUACUCCAAUUCCAUCUGGUCCACAUCCAUUUCAGAGCCUGGCUCUGCCUUCAUCCAGCUCCAUCCAUAGUGUUCCUGCGAUUCCGAACAUGACCCAGAUUCAGCCUACCUUCAAUCAGUCAUACCCCAAUCCCACCUUCCCUCACAUCCUGCCCCAAGCUGCAAACCCCUCUCAGACCUUUUUUUCCAUUCAGUCUUCAGGCACCUCACAAUUACUGCACCCUUCCCUCGCAAAUCUCUCUGUUCCUCAAGUCUCAGCACAUCCACAAUGCUCUGUCUCUUCAAAUGCAUACCCUGCUGUAGCUCCUACUGAGAUCGGCACCUUCUCUACGCUCAAUUCCACUGCCCCCUAUCUGCCAGAUAUGGUACUACACACUUCCUUGCUCCCUCCUCUGGAUCCCUCUCACUCAACCACUGCUCAACCAUCCCUUUAUAACCCAUUUCCUUCCUAUUCACUGCGUCUUUGCCAGGACCCUCGAUCCUCCAUGCAUUUACCCCUCAGGCAUAUUUAUAGACAGCCACAGCAUUCCCACACUCAUGGUCAGGGGUCUUACUUUGAUCUUGGAGGAAGAUCCGUUUUCUGA